CGCUUCAACGAAACUCUACGCCCUAAUCGAUUUAAAAGAGUUGUCCUUAUCUGCUUGUAAUUGCUUCAUACUUUGCUGCUUUUCCUCUCCAUCUGUUGCUCCUUCGAUAUCGUAUGCAUGAUGCCACCCACUGGAGGCAAAGGGAAAGGAAAGGGUCGUGACGCCCGCAGAUCACGAAGUCGAAAUACCACUCCAAGUUCAAUCGGCGGCAGCGGCGCAUUCUCUUCUCCAAAUGCAGCAAACACAGCUAUUCUCGAUAUAGCGUUAUCUAAUUUAAUGGUUCCUACCAACAUCUCGUAUGACGAUAUCCUGGAAAGGCAUGGGAACAAUGGCGGAAUUCCUGACUCCAAAAAUCUCGAGAUCCUUUCGGCCGACCUCAAAAUGUUGGCUCAACUGGCCGAGACAAGGGGUCAGGCAUGUGAUCGCGGGAUGCGAGAGCUCUCCAAAAGACGCAAGGAAAGGCUUGAGGAGGAAAGAGAAAAGGAGAGAGCGGAUGAGGAGCGUAGGGAGAAGAUGAGAAGGGAAGCGUCCGCAUACGGAGAAGAUGAGGAUGGCGGAAAGAAAGCAAAUAAGCUGAAGAGGAAGAAAGAUCAGGUGAAGCCACGCGAGGAGCGCCCGCUCACUCAUGGAGCUCAUGGUGUAGCCCGCCAAGAUGGCACCGACGUGGAAAUGAAAGAUGCGUCCCUCUCUCCGGAACAGCGAAGAACCUCAAAGAGGAGUGGGACCUCUCCUGGAAAGGUAAAGAGGGAGGUUGCCUCGGCGAGUGCGUCUUCCCUCUCUCCUCCAUCGAGGCCGCAGUCACCGACGGCUGAUGCUAGGGAGGAAAAGGAAGAAGAGAGAGAAAGCUCACCUGCAUCGUCAGAGAGCUCUUCCGACUCUCAUCAACCGCCUCCGGCUCCCGCUGUUCCUCAGUACCAGACGUUUGGUCCUGAUCCGUCGACCUUUGACGAUCCCACUAUUUAUCAUAUUCGAGAUGUUAAGCCAGGAAUGAGCGAAGAGGAGAUUAAGGAGAUCUUUUCUGUGGCCGUUUAUCCCAAGGAUGAUCUUCAUGACUUGAUCCCAGGCACCCCGCCAGAUAGAGAUUUCAGCAAUGCAAAGCCUGCCAACCAGGUCACAGCCAAUGCCUUUGCUACUUAUGCUGAUCCAUAUCUACGGCCUCUAACUGAGGAGGACAUGGCUUUUCUGAAAGAAAGAGGUGAUCGGGCCACACCUUUUGUUAUGCCUCGUCGUGGUCGUCGCCAUUACAGUGAAAUAUGGGCAGAGGAAGAUGGCUCUAUGGCUUCAGAUGCGGCUCAGUCGAGCCGUGAUAAACUUCCUGCUAACCAGCCCCGCGGUAGUAUGGAUCAGAUGACUGAUGAGAUAGCCGAAUCCGAACAAAUAUCGGCUGGCCCGCUUCUAACCCGCCUGCUUGCUGCCAUGCGCCCUGAGAGCCGCAGCUCGUCCAAUGAUGAUAAAGCAGCAAAUACAGGCCAUGGUGACGUGCUCAAUGGUCUCGCAAAUGGCGAAGCUGGUGGAGACUUUGAUAUGAAUGGUGAAUCGGAGAAGCCGCAGCCGCCUGCAGCCUUCCUACCUGAAUCUACUCAAGCCAACUGGAAGGUCUCUACAUCGAAACUUGAUUAUGCGCAAAUGGAUGAGCGCUUAAAGCAGGAACUCCGCUAUAUAGGCUUCCUUGGCGACGAUGAGCCUGACUACGAUGCUCAUUAUGACGACGAGGUUGCCGCACGUCUACGGUUUCUACAAGCGGAAUUGAAAAACCAGAGCAUCAUCAACGGAUCUCGCAAGGCCCGUAUUCAAGAGAUUGCAAAAGAACGCAUGGCCCAUCAAGAGUUUCAAACUAUCCUUGAUGAUCUGGAUAAUCAAGUUGGCCAAGCCUAUCUGAAACGGACUCGCACACUUGGUAAAGGAAAGAAGAAUGUCAAACGGCCAGGUGGUGCUGGUGGUGGUAGCCACUACGUCAACAGCGCGGCAGGUGUCAGUAAACCAGGCAUCGGAGAUGUUGCCAGACAAUUAAUGGAACGACGAGCCAAGUGGAUCAACUCUAUCGGUCCCGUCUUUGAAGAGGGCUUAACGCGGGUCCCGACCACCGAUGAAUCAAUCUUCUCCGAAAAGGAUAUGAAGAGAAUGAUUUCACUCGAGAAGGAAAAGUGGGAUGAGGCCGAGGAGUAGGGCGCUCAUACUCCAAAUCGCCGCAUUCUUGCUUAUUUUUGCGUAUCGCCUGACAUGGGCAUUCAUGAUUGUGAUCUUCUGGGAGGAGUUUGGGUACGGCUUGAUAUUCUUUGAAAGGUAUAAUGGACGUCCAUUAAAUUCAAACGGGUAUGAGGUUUGGAGUUGGGAGAUUUAAUAAAAGAGGGUAGAUAUAUCCGGGCAUCUGCUAUGUAGCAAAUUUGGAUUCAUACGCUAUGACUUUGCCGAUCAUUUCUAUCAAUGUAUUCUCUAACAAAUUAUUUUAUAAGACAAUACCCUGGUUUUCAUGCGCG